AUGAGCAGCGUUAUAAAUUAUGAAAAAUUUGAAAAAAUAGACAUAAGUUCAUCAGAUGAUGAUAAUAAGAAAAAGUUAAAUCCACACUUAACAAAAUUAGAUAACAAGGACAAAGUGGUUAUAGGUCCUAAUGGGUUAACAAUUUUAAAAAAUAAUAAUGAUGAAAAAAUAAAACACGAUAAAUAUAAUAACACGUCAAAAAAUGUAGAAGAAAUAAAAGAUAAGAACGAUGAAUAUAAAACCAUAUAUAAUGAAACAAAUAAUGAAAUACUUAAUAAUAAAAAUGAUAAUAUACAUGUUCAAAAUAUGAAUAAUUAUGUUGCCGAUGAUAAAAAAUAUAAAGAUAUGUUUAUUAAUGGAGCUGUGGUUCCAUAUGAGUAUAUCUGGAAUCAAUCAAUACAUUAUAUUAACGCUUUUAUAUGUUUACCUUUAAAUUGUAAAGCUAAAAAUUUAAUUGUAGAUAUAAAAGAAGAUAAAUUAAUUGUAAAAAUAAAAAAUUACAAAUGUGGUAUCAUUUAUAAUAAUAAUAAUAAUAAUAAUAAAACGAAUCAACAUAACACGCAAAGCAAUUCAUUUCAUGAUAAUGUUGAAAUUUUAGUUGAUAAAAAGUUUCCUUUCAAAAUUAAUACAGACGAAGACACACAAAUAUGGGAAAUUAAAAAUAUGCAAAUUAAUUGGUAUACACUUUUUAAUCUUUCUAAUGAAAUAAAUAAUCAAAAUGUACAUUACUUAUUUGAAGAUUAUAAUAUGUUAGACAAACAAGAAACCUUUUUAUAUAUUUCUGUAAAGAAAAUAAAUGAAAUUGAAAAUGCAUAUAUAUGGUGGUCAACCUUAUUUAAAAAUGAACAUCCAAUAAAAAUUGAAAAUCUUCCUUCUAGAAGCUCAACGAAUAAAGCAAAAAAAACAAUGAAUUCUUUUAAGACUGCUUGGGAUGAGGCACAUGAAAUUUUUAAGAAAAAUAUAUCUAUGAAACAAUUACCAUUCCGUAUAGAUUCAUCAUAA